CUGGUACUGAGCGUUGAACGCUGGUCCCAAACCUGGACCAUGAUGCACCAGCUGUUCAGUCAGGUGCUGGGACACAGGGACCUGUCCAGAGCCGGGGACCUGUUCUCUCUGGACGACUCGGAGAUCGAAGGAUGUUUAUCACAGGCCCUGGAGCAGAUCAAGACCAUCUCCUGCUCACCGGACUAUCUGACCAAUGACAACGACCAGGCCGUGGUGGAGAUCUGCAUCACACGCAUCACCGCGGCCAUCCGGGAGACGGGCUCCAUCCAGAGACACAGUGGAGCUCUGGUGGGACUGUGGGAGUCCUGUCUGGAACACAACCUGACUCCACAAGGUGAACACACGGAGGACACGCCACACGCCAAAAUAGCCUCUGACAUCACCAGCUGUAUCCUGCAGAACUACAGCUGUCCCUCCGUCAUGGUGCUGGCCGUGCCUGUGGCCGUGCGGUUCCUGCAGAGGGGGAACAGGGAGCUGAGCAGGAACAUGUCCAGCUACCUGUCCUUGGCCGCCAUAGCCCAGGCCGACCUGCUGGCCGAGCACACGGCCGCCAUAAUACGCAGCGUGCUGGAAGGUGAGCACAUGCUGCUGCGAGUCCUGCCGUCAGUUUACCCACGACACCCGGACAGCGUCCACCGUGACCUGGGCGACCUGGCGGCCAUGAUGCCUCAGCUGGAGCCGGCGGAGCAGCAUCACAUGAUCAGACUGAUUCAGCUGGUGGCAGAACAGCAUCCAGUUAUGCUGAGUCCACAGGUGCCCGUGUUGGUGGACCUCCUUCCUGUCCAGUCUCUGACCGAGUCCCUGUUGGUCGUCCUGCUCCAGGUGUCUCAGGCUAGUCCGUCCUCAUUGGUCAGCUUCCUGCCCGCCCUGAGGACUGUCGGGGAGAAGAGCCCUGCUCUGCUGGGUCAUGUGGUCAAAAUCCACAGUGCAGUGGGCAUCAUCAGUCAGACUCACGCUCGCAGCUCAUUGGUCUACCUGGUGUCCCUGCUGGGCAGCACGGAGCACAGCCCCCCCCCCACCCUGCUGCUGGAGAUCAGAGCUCUGUCUGACCGCUACCCGUCUUUACUGGGGGGUUGUGGGAAGGACGUCUUCAGGAUGAGCAACUCCUUCACCUCCAUGGCCCGACUCUUAGGGCGACACCUGGAGGAGACCAGGCCACACUGCAGGUCCAGGGAGUCUGGUCUCCAGACCUUCUUGUUCCAGUCUCUGUCUCGUGGAGGAGGAGGAGGAGGAGGAGGAGGAGGAACGGGGUCUGAAGGACAACUUCAGCUGAAGAUCCAGGCCUUUGUGGAAAAAAUGGCGACAGAGAAGUUGGAGAAGGAGGUGGAGGAAAAGUCUCCAGCCUCGCUGCGACGCUACAGCCUGAGUCACGUGGUCGUGGACGAGCGACGAGAGCUGAGGUUCAACAGGUCCAAGAGCCUGGCUCUCCACACGGGGCGCUCACGCUCCAUCACCUCAGACCCCGGGGAGGUGGAGGACGGAGUGGAGUGGGUUCCAGAGAAGUUCUCCUCCAACACUGGUCCAAACCAGCGACCAGACGACCAGGAGGAACCGCAACGUGACGACUUCGUUACGAUCGCCGCUGAAACGGAAACGACUUCCAGGGAAUUGGAGGAAGAAGACGUGAGUCCAGAGAAGGACGAAGAAACGUCCGACCGACUCUUGGUCCAUUUAAGAUCCAACAUGGAAACCAUCAGAACGUUCUGUGAAGAUGUGCUGAAGCAGAUCCCAGUCCCACAGCAGUGUGUGAUAGAAGACACGACCCAGGGCUGCGUGGCCCAGCUGUCCUUCUCCUGUCCUCUGAAGGGACGUUACUGUCUCUACACCAAGUCCUGCUUCAAACUGACCAGUCAGCAGCCUCACCUGUGGAUCCAGAUGAUGCUGCUGCACCUGCAGAGUGUGUCCAGCAUCCCUCUGUCCAGCAGGGACGUCUGUGUGCAGAGACUGUCUUCACUCUGGGAGAAGACCCAGCUGAGAGGAGCUCACAGUUUCCUCCUGGCUAUGACUCAGAACCACACGCCUCACAGGAAGGACCUGGACUGUCUGCAGGUCCAGCUGCAGGAGGAGCGUUUCUUUGACCUGUUUGGAUACAGUGAACAGCAGGGGGCGUGGCUGUGCUUCAUGUGUAACAACCCAGAGAAGGCCACAGCAGUGAACCAGGAGGGACGACCUCUGAUCGAAGGGAAGCUGAAGGAGAAACAAGUUCGCUGGAAGUUCAUCAAACGCUGGAAAACACGUUACUUCACCUUGGCAGGAAACCAGCUGCUGUUCCGCAGAGGCAAAUCUAAGGACGAGAUGGACGACCUACCAAUAGAGCUGAGCAAAGUCCAGAGUGUGAAGGUUGUGGCCAAAAAGCGGCGUGAUCGAGGUCUGCCGCGGGCGUUUGAGAUUUUCACCGACAAUAAGACGUACGUGCUGAAGGCCCAGGAUGAGAAACACACAGAAGAAUGGCUGCAGUGCAUCAACGUGGCUGUGGCUCAGGCCAGAGAGAGAGAGAACAGAGAAGCCACCACCUACCUCUGAGACGGACCACAAACCCACGCACCACCGGGGGGGCAGGUAGUUGUGGGGUCAAAAUGGGGCGACAAGCCAACAAAGGUGGUGAACCACUGUACUGGACCGCGGCGCUAACUGGUCCAACACCAACAUCCUGACAACAGGAAGUCACCAUAGAAAUCACUCGUUCAUUCUUUACUGGAACAGAUGUGAACAAACGCCACUUCAGGGGCAGAACGUCAGUGACGUCACCGUCACGUCUGCAGCUGCCCGUGUUGGAAUUCAAAUGUUGCAAAAGAAAAAAGUGGUUAUUUUUACUGCUGGAUUUUCAGCACUUACUUUGGGACGGCCCCUCCGCGCCCCCCCAGGGUUCCGACAUUUCCAGUAAAUAUUCCACUCAUAUUAUUUUCUACUUUGUCUUUGUACAAAAGCACAGUUUCGCAACAGGACCCUGGAAGAGUGUGCGCCGCGGCGAGAGCGCUCUGUUGAAAGACGGAGGCUAUUUUUGGGCUUUUCCAAACAGGACAAGUCUGCAACGAUUUAGUCCACGUUCACAGGGAGGCCUGUCAGCGCCACUGUUGCUUCACAGCAAGGGAAACGUUGGAGUCAAUUUGUGGUUUCCUCGUGGCAUUAGUGACAGUUCCAGUUCAUCGUACUGUUUUACGAGAAUUCAACGAGGGGUUUUGUUUCGACAGACUGUGAAGGCCAUUUCUCGUGGGCACUGAAGCAGUGUUUUACUCAGAGGUUAAAGGUCGAGGCGGGGGUUUGUUUUGGUCGAGGAAGUGAACACAUCACACGUACUUAGACCCAGAACUCCAGUCUCUCCUACAGAGUUCUUAAUCGCCGUCUGCUCCGUAAGAAAAUUCCUCCCCUUCUCUCCUCACCUAUUACAGAGUGGGAAACAUGUUACUCCCCCAUGUUGCACUGCUGCCCCGACACAGACGCCCUGAAUGUUUCCCGACCCAUUAAACUCAGCCAAGACAAAUCAAUGCUCUGAUAUUCGUGGUGUCUCCAGAGGAGUUCUCCGUCUCUGUCUGGCUGCGCUCGAACGUUUGUUUCAUUGAGUUAUCAAAGAUAUAGUACCUUCAAAAAAAC